AUGCAGUGGAGGGAGAAAAGGGGUGUGAACUACAGUGGUGAUGAGGAUCAUGUUGCGGGAGCUCUAAGGAGGAUAUGGAAGGAUCCCGGAGCUGCUUUGAUCAAAUGCCAUCGAUCUAUUCAGAAGAAAGCGGCUCUUGAACGACGACUGCUGUUCUGCGCCUUGGCAUCGUCGGCCGGUUUCCUGCCCAACUUCCUUUGCACAGUAUUUCUGGCAACAUAUGCUCGUAACUCGUCGAAUGCUGCUCUCACUGCCUUUGUACUACGAGAACGAGGUGAUGACAACGAUUUCGGUAUGGCUGCAUUUGCUAAUCAACAGCAACAUGCGUCGACUUUUGCUGGGCAACUGCGGCAAUCAGAUACCACGUCUGUGGUUUUUGUGACCCAGUGA